AUGUCGACGACCCCUUUCAAGCGCAAGCGUGUGAGGAAGGCAUGUAUCCCGUGCCAUCAGCGCAAGCGGAAAUGCGACACCGUGUAUCCUUGCGGCAUGUGCGCCACCUACGGAUAUAACUGCAGGUACACCAACGACAACAUUAUUGGUACUUUAGACGGCGAGCUACCAAAUGCGCCUUCAGUCAAGCGUACCAGCCACGACGUCGACGGUGCAAGUCGUAUGACACGGCGGGCCGCGACGGACCGCAGCCCGAGCAACCAGUCUCAAAUACAGCGAGACCGUCGCGAAGGCGCCGGUUCGUCGACGAAGAGUCCCUCUGUUCUGGCGGACACAUCUCCGGGCAUCUUCGACGAGCAGAAGUUCCGAUACUCUGGAGGAUCAGCGGCCAUGGCAUUCCCGCACAUCUUGGGAGUGGCUCUCGGUGCCGACAGCCCUCCCAAGACGCGGUCGUUCGCUUACAACUUCGGCGUUCGCCCCGAGGAGGCAUCCAAUGCUCACUGCUUUCUGGGGAACCUCAUCUCAGAGGAAGACCUUGGCUUCUUUUCGGGUGCGUACUUCUUGGUCUUGGGCCCCAUCGUCGACGUAUUGGACCCCGAGACGUACCCCCAACGAUGUCGGAACUAUUACCGUGGUUCGGUCAGCAACUCAGUCGCCUUUGCCGCCGUGGCCGCUGGCGUCGCUGCACUGGGAUCAUUUCUAUCUCCCAGUGGACAUCCGCGGGAGUCUGACCUGGUGCAGUACGCCAAAGCCAUUCUCGAUGACCCGGCCUCCAUGCGAUUGCAUGGCAUUGACCACAUCGUCGCAUGGGGCCUGCGAGUUCUUUACCUCAGGGCCACGACCCGGCCCAGCAAUGCCUGGAUUGCUUCGUGCACGCAAAUGCACCUCUGCGAAGCGCUUGGACUACACGAGGAAGCGAACAUCAAGAAAAUUGCGUCUCUCGCCAGCGCUGCGGUUCUUGGACACGAUGCGGACCGCCUGCGGAGAAUCUUCUGGCUCUCGUGGGCCGGGCAUACCAUGUUGUCUUAUGAAUACGAUCGAUCGCCUGGAGCAUUGCGGGUCGUUACUUGCCAGGCAAUCACCUCGACACCCGGCUCCGUAGCCGAUCAAUUCGUGCAACUAAUCCACACCAUUCCAUCACCCAAUUCUCCGUUCCAGCUCGACUCGCAGCCUCCUUUAACUCCGAUUCAGGAGCUAUUUGAGCGUCUCAAAGCCCUGGAUAAGCUCAAAUUCACCCAUCCGUUUCUAGUAGUUACCAAGGCAGAAAUUGCGUUUUGCUUCUAUCGACGCCUUUACCAGCUCAAGGUCCGCAUGCCAGACGAUUGCAUUCAGCUGCUUAUUGACAGCGGCAAUGCCGCAGUGGAGGCGGCCCUGCAGCAAGCGAGCCAGGGCCGUCUGUUCUGGAACGUCAUCGGCAGCGUCUUCCAGUAUACCUGCAUCCUCUUGGCCAUUGACACUCCCGCAGCCACCGCUCAUAUCGGCGCCGCGUUCAAGGGCUUAGAAAAGCUGGUAAAGGCUGCCGAUACAGGGCUGACACGGGAGGCGUUGUCGAUAGCGCGGCACCUACUCAGCCUUAGUAUGGCGAAGAAGCGAAAGGAGCUUGCACAAUUGGAAGCUGUUGAAGCGGACUUCGAGUUCUCCCAGCCACCUCCCGCUUCUGAGGCCAACACCGCCGUGCCAGACAUGGAUUGGGCCGUGGACUGGGAUCAAUUCUUCAUCGAGCCGUAUUUCUGCAUGCUUGGGCAAGAAUUGCCGCCAGUAUAG